AUGAAGAUGAUGAUGACGAAUCCUGCCAAAAAAAUCCUCCCCUCGGUUGUGAAGGCAAGCAAUUACACAACCGCUGCUGCUGAUCUUCUUCUUCGUCCUCCCCCGCCUUCAGACGCAGAUCUGCGCAAACAACCCCAAUCCAUGGGGGACCCUUGCCUUGAUCUGUAUUUUGGCGUCCAAGUCCAACCAGACCCAGCCACCCGGACGCGGACGGCCUAUAAAUAUCUCAACCAAGUGCUGCCGAUGGCCUGGUCCCACAAUCCCCUCACCACCCUCAAGCUCAUUUGUAACCUACGGGACGAUUCGAAUGAUCUCGGAAAAUCUGAUGAAAAAGCCUUCUACAGUGCCGCCUUAUGGCUCCACCGCAACCACCCCAAGACUCUUGCCUGCAACGCCGCCUCUAUCGCCGGCGAGUUUACCGAGUCGGUCGGGACUAUGGAUGACUUCGUCCAGAUUCUCAACCGCCUUGCACGAGCCCGUGACAGGUACGAGGGUGACUCGGAUUAUCGCUUCUUACUCGACCGGGUUUCUGAUCUCUUUGCGGACCACUUGCGCUCUGAUAUGCGAAACUUGAAGCAGCAGCAGCAGCAGCCUUACAUGGACAUAAGCUCAGCAGCGUUGUAUUGCCCUCCCAUCGGCUCCUCCCUGGACCGCUCCUCCACUCUGCUCUGCGAAAGCAUUGCCAGGAUUCUUUUCCCCCGAGAAGAAUCAUGCCCGGAGGAGGAAUACCAAGGCCUUGAUUACGCCCAGAGAGUCCGAGCUCGCCUCCGGACGGAGGUGCUGGUGCCCUUGACAAACUUCUUGCUCUCUAACUCCUCGCUCACUCAUCGAGGAUUCUGCCCCGUUAAGAAGUAUUUGGAUGAGUUGAAAGGCGGCCUCGGCCAGCCCAUUGAGCCCGGCGCUCUCCUCCCACAUGACAUCAUAGGGUACGUGGAUGAUGAGGAUGUCGGGCAAGCAGCUGAGCUUCAGUGGAGGAGAAUGGUGGAGGACAUCUACUUGAAGCAGGGCAAUAAGUUGAGCAACUGCUUGGCCGUGUGUAACGUCUCGCCUACAGUGGCCCACAUGAAUGUGUCGGUGGCCUUGUCAGUCUUGGCGUCCCAACUGAGUGAAGAGCCGUGGAAAGGAAAGGUGAUCAAUUUCAGUUCGAACCCUCAGCUGCACAAUUUGGCCACACCGCAGGGCGAUGAUGAUCUCAAGUCCAUGUGCGCGUUUGUGAGGAGGAUGCAUUGCGCCCUGGAAAUUGAUCUUGGCAAAGUGUUUGAUCUGAUUCUCGAGGUGGCUGUGGAUGGGAAUUUGAGGCCGGAUCAGAUGAUCAAGAAGGUCUUGGUGUUGACCGACUUCCAAACCAUUGACCUGGCGGAGUCUGAUUAUGAGGCAAUACAAAACAAGUUUAAGGCGAAAGGGUACGAAGAUGCGGUGCCGCAGAUUGUGUAUUGGAAGCUCCAGUCAUGGGGGACUCCCGUGGCGCCUUGUAGGCGACCAGGGGUGAGCACCCUGGAUGGCUUCUCGGACAACUUGUUGAAGUUGUUCUUGGAUAGUAAUGGGGAAGUUGGCCCGUACCAUGUCAUGGAAGCAGCCAUCUCUGGCAAAGAGUAUGAGAACCUGGCUGUGUGCGACUGA